AUGAAUACAAACGACUCGACUGAAAAUUCAGGUCCCGAUCAAUCAUCAGAGCACAGACGCACCGAUCACAAUCGGCAGACUUUUUCAACAGACACAAAUACCAUCGGGCGAGGGCAACAACAUUCGGAUCCCGACGCUAUGGAGGUUGAUACAGAGCCUGCUCGCCGGUCAGAUAUCAGCAAUCUCGGUUUGGAUUCUCUUCAGAAGGAGCUCACAUCUGCUUUCCAUCUUUGCAAGAGCUCUCCCAUUGUGACUGGCCCCGAUCCAUCAGUGGACCUCGUCUCCCUAUAUGGGUUAGGACCCAUUGCGCACUCGGUAGCAAGACUGGACCCCGUCACUGGAGAGAAAAUCAACCGUCUACGAAAAUCCUACGAGGGAAAGCUGAAGGGACUAGGACUUGCUGGUCGGAACAAACCCUUCAAACAGGAACCCGGCGCGCCUGGCAGUCUCAGACAUAUGACUCUGUGGCCUGAGGAAGAAUGGCAAAACCAGAAGGUGUUUGGCAAGCAGAUCAAGAUUUCAGACAUGGAUACGGCGCUGCAGGAUCUUCAAUCACGCGCUAUGCAAAUGGAACCUGGACCAGUCCCCAACAACGAUUUCUGGGAGGAUAUUCUCGGCCAUGAAAAGCCAGUCAAGAAUCCCGCCUCCAACGAACACAGCAAGAAGGCUGCCUCAACCCCAAGCAACCGUCCCUCUAUGCAAUCCAAUGCCGCAUCUCCACAAACACAACCACAAGAAAUAGACCGGCCUCGGCCCAGCAGAGGUCGCAAGAGGCAUUACGAUGAUAACAGUUUUGCCGGUUAUGGUGAAGGCUUUGUGGAUGAUGAAGAGGACCCCGGAUUCUACUCGAACGGCGAGGGAACUGGGAAGAAGAAACGCAAGAAGGACCAUGUCGCCAAGGUGUCGACCCCAAUGUCUAGCGGUGGUAGCUAUGGGGUAGGCAUGUUUGGCAUCGGGGCCAGAUGA